GCGCGGAUCCCGCAUUAGUUCAAAGUACAUGUUGUGUUGUGUAGACACCGACACCGAUCAGCGAGAGAGUAGUAGGGUUUAGGUUGUCAAGUGGUACAGUAUGUCGGUGCCUGUGGCUACUACGCGUUUCAGCGAUAACUACGAUCUGAAAGAAGAAUUAGGAAAAGGUGCUUUCUCCGUAGUACGAAGAUGUGUUCAAAAAUCAACAGGUUUAGAAUUUGCAGCGAAAAUAAUAAACACCAAAAAAUUAUCAGCACGAGAUUUUCAAAAAUUGGAACGAGAAGCCAGAAUUUGCAGAAAGUUACAGCAUCCAAACAUAGUGAGAUUACAUGACAGUAUACAAGAAGAAAAUUUCCAUUAUUUGGUAUUUGAUCUAGUCACAGGUGGAGAAUUAUUCGAAGAUAUUGUUGCAAGAGAAUUUUAUUCUGAAGCAGAUGCAUCCCAUUGUAUUCAACAAAUCUUGGAAUCUGUGAAUCAUUGUCAUCAAAAUGGUGUAGUACAUAGGGAUCUUAAGCCUGAAAACCUUUUACUUGCAAGUAAAGCCAAAGGAGCAGCUGUCAAAUUGGCUGAUUUCGGAUUAGCAAUAGAAGUACAAGGCGAACAGCAGGCAUGGUUCGGUUUUGCAGGUACUCCUGGAUAUUUAUCACCGGAAGUCCUGAAAAAGGAACCAUACGGAAAGCCUGUGGACAUUUGGGCGUGCGGAGUGAUCCUUUACAUCCUUCUAGUCGGUUAUCCACCAUUCUGGGAUGAGGAUCAGCAUCGUCUUUAUGCACAGAUCAAAGCAGGAGCAUAUGACUACCCCAGUCCUGAAUGGGAUACCGUCACACCAGAAGCCAAAAACCUCAUCAAUCAGAUGCUAACAGUAAAUGCAGCAAAGAGGAUAACUGCUGCAGAAGCUCUCAAACACCCCUGGAUAUGCCAACGCGAACGUGUUGCUUCAGUGGUUCACAGACAAGAGACUGUCGAUUGCCUCAAGAAAUUCAAUGCCAGGCGUAAACUCAAAGGCGCUAUACUUACCACUAUGUUGGCUACAAGGAAUUUCUCAAUAGGUAGAAGUAUAGUCGUAAAGAAAGGAGAUGGAUCUCAAGUUAAAGAAUCCACAGAUAGCUCGACAACAAUCGAAGACGAUGAUGUAAAAGAGGAAAAGAAAGGCGCUGUCGAUCGCAGUUCUACCGUUAUUGCCAAAGAGCCGGAAGGCUCUGGUACACCACCUCAAUUGCCAAGAGUAGCAUCUUCAACAUCGAACUCCCUCUCCAGCUCUGUAACAACCUUAUUGAUGAAGCCCAAUGCUCUUAAUUUAGGACAAGCUAUGCUUCAGAGUAUACAAGCUCGUCGCCAAGAGAUCAUCAAAAUAACAGAACAACUUAUAGAGGCGAUCAACUCUGGAGAUUUUGUAGCUUAUACAAAAAUCUGUGAUCCACAUCUCACAGCAUUCGAACCUGAAGCCAUGGGAAAUUUAGUGGAGGGAAUGGAUUUCCACAAAUUUUAUUUCGAUAACGGUAUCCUCAGUAAAAACUGUAAGGCAGUUAACACCACCAUUUUAAACCCGCAUGUUCACCUUUUGGGAGAAGAUGCAGCUUGUAUAGCCUACGUCAGGCUUACCCAGUACUUAGACAAACAAGGCCAAGCUCACACCCAUCAAUCAGAGGAGAGCCGUGUAUGGCACAAAAAAGACAACAAAUGGCAAAAUGUGCAUUUCCACAGGAGCGGCAGCACUGGGGGAAGUGCAUUUGGAUUCAGUAAAUAGUUCACCUAAAACUUUGUCUGCUUCUUGUGUGAAAAGUGAAGUUUGAUCAAGGCCGUGGAAAAGAUUAUGAAGAUUGUAUUGAUUGGAUGGAUUGGAAUCUAUUCACAUGUAAACACUUCGUAUUUUCCUGGUCAACUUUUCAUCAGCCAUACUAAUGAAUUGUAAAUUUUUGAAUUACCUCUUCAUAUUCGCUUACAUGAACAUUUGAUAAUAAUUUAUUUAUUCCCUUAUCUUAAUAUAAUGAUAAAUAGUGUGAUUUUGCCACAUUUUUUUCAGCCAAAUAUGCAUUCGAUUUAGAAGAAGUACUUGAAAAAUCAAACAAGUAAAACUACAAUGCUAAAAGCAGGUGAUGGUAGUGAAACCUCAGAAAAGUGGAAGCAAAUCCGCGGUCUUUUAAAUAGUAUAAAUAAGUCAAUACUUUUAUUUAUAUUGAGAUCACUGAGGACUAGUAUAAACUUUCAAUGUCACUUAUGUACUUCUUGAUGCACUUUUGAAAUUGUUAAGCUUUCAACAUGUUUCUUAAGAUUUUUUCCAGAGAUUUCACAUUGGUGCACCUGAAUCAAUCGGACUGAUGUAUCAUUUACUUGUUGUAGUGAAAACAUGAAGUUUUCUUCAAUGAUACAUUUCCAUAUUGUAUAUUGAAUAGUAUCGGUUUCUAUAGAGUAUUGUCUGAUGUAUGAUACUAGUUUCAUUUAAAUCUUAAUCAUAUGGAAGUGAAAAUUUCAUUAACAUGGAAGCUUAAGCAUCUAUGAUUUAAUGAUUAAAAAAUGAACAGAAAAUUCCUACUUCCUGCUAAAGCAGGUAUCCCAACUAAAGUCGGGAUACAAUACCCCAAAGUCCUUGUUGGGAACAAAUAACAAAAAUUUAUUUAUAGAUACUUAUUUGUUAUAAAAUGUGUAUCAAAUACUGUCCUAUUCGAUUUGGGAUUGGACCUGUACUUAUGAAUAUCAUACUUGCAAGUUGUGGAUUAGGACAAGUGUCCCACUUUGCUUCCAAGAUAUUGUGCCAACAGGUAUUGUUGCUCUAAAAAUAAAGUUUAAUUUUACUAUAAAUGAAAGAAUAUGUUAUAUAGAUAUUCUAUACAGUUUCAAGAAUGGAUUAGAUAUCAGUUUCAAGAAUAUGUCCUCAACUUUGCAAGUAUUUAUAUACAAUCUAUGAUUGAAAAAUAUUUUUGCCCUGCUAGGACCUUUUGAGUACUUCUUACAAUAAAAAUAUGAAUGAGUAAUAGUUCGAAAUAAAAAUGUUCAUUUAUAUUCAACGACAGAUUCAACUUCCUAUAUUGUGAAAGCAAAAAUUAUUACUUUAUAUUCUGAAUUUGGGGCCUUCCAACUGCCUUCAAUACUAGGUAAUGUAGAUCCAUCAUCUCAUGAUUAGUUUCACUGUAGAUUCAUUUUUACAUAAAUUUCAACCUUAACAGAAAAAUUUAGAAUUUCACCUAUCGACAAUUCUUAUACUUUUAGGUAGAUAUCUUAAUGUAAUUGCCAUAAACUCAAUACAAGGCAUGCUAUUCAAAAUUCUCCAUAAAUUUCAGCUUAAUAAUCAAGGACACUUUAUUUAAUGCUUCAAUAUAGUUCAUGUAAAUUCAAACAAGAAAUUACAGCAUACUAGAAUUGAAUUAUUCAAGAUUACCUUUUUGAAGAGGUUAGGAAGUACAAAUUGUGAAAAUAGAUUCAAAAUCACAUUUCCAGAUAAGAUGAAGUGAUGAGACAGCUUCUUGUUUUCAUGAAUUUGAAAUAUUUAUUCGAACUUUCACAGUUUACCACAUGUUAGUUAGAAAAGAAAUGUGGAUCUAGAUAUUCAAAAUCAUUCAUUAUGAAUAUAGGAUUGUAUAAAGUUAUUGGGAGUUUGAGAAUGUUCUAUUUCUACAUUUAUUCUGAUAUAGUUUAUAAUCGAAGUUGUUCUGGUGUAACUGACAGCAUAUAUGGAUGUACUAAAUAGCGCAGGAAAAGUUUGCUCUUCAAUUAUAUAUUUGCCUAUACUUGACAUGGUCACUUCUUGAAUUGAUUCUUUAUUGCUGAAGCAUUAAACUUGUGAUUUGAUCACUAUCAAUAUUGAAUCAUAUGAUAUAAGAAUUAUACUCAAUGUUCAACCUUUUGCAUUUAACGAAUUACAGACUUCUUCUUUCAAGUGAUGAUAUUUGGUGAAGUUUUAUAAUCAACGACAAGUAACGAAUGAAUUUGAAACAUCUGUAAAAAUGGACUCAUCCAGUAUUGAAAAAACUAGCACAUAACUAAUAGAUAGUUGUUAGAUUCGUCGUUGAAUUCAUUGAAUUGAACCAUGAAUUUCACAAAUUUUUUAUGGGAAUCCUUUUUACCUAUACCAUUUUCUCAAUGUGCAAUAUUGUAUUCCUUAAGCAUAUGUAAUUUUUAAAUGAAUCAUUUGGAAUGAUGCACAAUUGAUUCUUAUGACUAUGGAAAUUCUGCAGAGUUUUAAUGUUGAGGGUUUCAGACAGUUCAACUCUGAAUAAAUUAUGUAGAAAUAAUUGUGAAAUUUCCUCUUGAUAAAUCUAUGAAACAUAGAUAAAAGUGAGCUGAAGCUCUAAAACAAUAUUGAAUCUCUGUAGGAGGCCUCUCUCUAUUAUAAAUUAAGUGAAGUGCGUUUUUCCAUUAAUACAUAAAUUGUGAGAAGUGAGAGUGAAUAAUAUUAUAUCACAAGUGAAUCAGAAAUACAUGUUUCUUUUGAGGAAGAA